AGUCGUUGUGUUUCCACACGUUUCUACUUCAUGGCUAUCAUAUUAACCAUCAAUAUGUGCCUACGCAAUUCACGCGUGAUUAAUUUGCCUCCAGACAAGGAUCUAUCCCGAUCUAUAUCUUCGGUGACAUCAAUGACGAGCUGGAAAAGCUUGCUAUGUUGAGACUGUCGGUAGUCGAUCGCGUGGAAACGCAGCGGAAACCGGUGGAUCGGAUCAACGGGAACGUGAACGAAGCAAUCCGUAUAUUAUAUCGGGAAGACCUGUUUGCAAGAAAUCAUCGACGAGCAGUGAGUAACGUGACCGCCAGAUUGAAGUGUGUGAUGUCGCCGAUUACACGUAGUGAAACGCGAUUCAUGCUGUUGGUAUUAUUGAUGUUAUACGUGCCCACGAAGACCUGCAUUCUACCGUCGCCAUUGACGCUACAAUUGAUAUUAGAAUACGCGGAAUGGCGAUUAUGGAACCAAGUGGUCCUCUUCGGUAACGUCAGUCCGUUCAAUUGCGCACUUAAUUACGCCCGGCCGUUAAUCGAAUGCUUCAGCGAGAAGGGUAUCAGUGUGUCGUUACAAUCAGCUAUGAACCCGAAUAUACCAGACGCGCUCACCGUCUGGACUCACCGUGUCGGAUCAAUCGUGCUGCUGGACGAACUUAAUCUGACAUCGCCCGACAAUGUUAUCCAAAUGGCUUCCCAGAAGCUGUUAUUCAACUAUUAUAUCUCCUGGUUCUUGGUGACCACCAAAGAUACUGACUCCACCAUAGACGCAAUUCUGCGGGACUUGAAUAUCGGUAUCGACAGUGACGUAGUCGUCGCCACCUCGCCAUUGCCGAAUGACGCAACGGCUUGGAAAUAUGCACAGAAAUACUGGGACAAGACGUGUUCGUCGUUUCGACGUUACGGCAAUCGCUUCGAGUUCAAAGGCCCACCAGAGCGACGCAACGUCGAGAAUGCUACGAGCAAUCUGAGCUACGUGAUCUUGGAGAAUCGCACGGUAUCCUUCUACAUGGUGCACACCUACAAGAUACGCAACUCCGACAACACAAGUCUUGUCACACGGUACCUCGGAUUUUGGAACCCGGGAGCUCACACCCUCAAGCUGCCGGUCAGCGUGAAGCUGAGAGAUGAUUUCAACGGCCUCCCAAUCGUCUUCGGCGUGCUAAACGGCACCAACGAUGGACAAACAGACGUUAUAGAGGCAGAGGCUAACGAUAUCGCGCCGCUUUUGGACUUGGCCAUUUACGUCACUAGUUAUGUGAACGCUAGCAUCGAGCUGGUACCGUAUGAAAAGCUCGGUAUAUUGACCAACAAGAUGUGGAACCACCUUCUCGGCGACGUCGUCUCGGGCACUAUCGACAUCGGUUUGGGAUACAUCACCAUCAACGAGGAACGUCUGGGCGAGAUGGCGUUCAGUUACCCUCUAAUACGUUACAUGAGGAAUAUUUAUUACCACCCGUUGGAAUCCGGCACGAUGAGGGAUAUAUUUCUGCAGCCGUUCAAUAACCAGCUGCUCGGCUGCGUCGCGGCAACGUACCUCAUAUUGUUAAUCGCGAUGACGACGGUGAUUUAUGCCGCCAAGACGGUGCUACAUAAUGAGGACGAGAAGCACGUCGGCAUCGGCGAGGCCACGCUCUGGUGCAUCAGUAUUAUGUGCAUGCAAGGAUCACCGUGGAUACCACGAACCCCGUCCGGCAAGACCCUGAUGCUGUUCAGUCUGAUGUUCGCACUCGUCAUGUAUAACGCCUACGCCGGAUUCAUCACGUCCAUAUUGUCGGUGCAGGCCAGCGGGAUCAAGUCGAUCACCGAUCUGCUCUUUAAUAAUUUCAGGCUCGGCUACAGCGUCGCCGACGACGAAUACAUAAGAAAUGUAAACGACAGUCACCUUCGUCAGCUAUACAUAAAGGCGUUCAACAGCCGGGAGUCUCGCUUGGAAACGACGACCGGCCUCUUGAAAGCUGUCCACGGUAGAUACGGAUUUUUCGUGAGCGCGACUUUGGCGCGACGCGCCCUCGAGACCACCCUGAUUCAGGAGCGGUGCAAUCUGAAAGAGUUGUCGCUGCCGCAGACCUUCACGGUAGUCGCUCUUCCCAUGGCGAAUAGUUGCCCAUACAAGAAGAUUAUUAAUCUCAACAUACUACGUAUAUAUGAGCGCGGCGUGCUAGACAGGAUAGCGCAGCAGAUGCUGCCGCCGAUGCCGCGCUGCGCGGCGUUAACCACUUUCAACAGCGCGAGGCUCGCCGACGUCUAUUCAGCCUUCUUCAUCCUCGCGGCGGGCCUGCUCACGGCGUUUACCUUCGGCAUCCUCGAGCGGGUGUGGAAAAAUCGGAGACAGUUGCGGGAGACGAUUGUGCGCAGCAUGCGCCAGCACCACCUCAUACCGCACCUGCACUUCCACCAGCAUCACCAUCACCAUCACCGUCCUUCCUCCGCUCGCGACCGGCAUCACCGGCAUCAGCCCGAUCGUCCAGUACCUCGUCCUGAUCGUGUCGCUGUCGACGAGAACGCAGCGAGCAAAGACGACCCCGCUUACCUGGCCGCGCUGAGGAAGCACGCGCGCCAAGUGGCUUUCGUCGGUCUCGCGACGGGACAGUCCGGCGGCAGUCCGGACAGAGCGAAGGAUCCGGAAGUGGAUCCUUCGCGCUUUCAAGUGCGACGACGCUCGAAGAGAGUCAGCCGACCCUCCCUCGCGAGUCUGUCCAAGAAGAAGAUCAAGCCGGGGGACAAGACCGCGACCACGACCACCGAGACCGCCGCGCGAGGCCUUUUUCCCUUCCGCAAUUGAACGUUUAAUUGUCGUUUCGCUCGUUGCGUUAUCUUUCAUUGCAGCAUCGGAUAUGCUGUUGACUCUCGAUCAUAACUGAAUACUUGCAACGCGAUAUUUACGUUCGCGGGUGAUUCUUUUAGCUCGCUAUUCGGCAUAUACGUCACUUGUCACGAGUAAAAAGAUCACUUUAUUGAAGUCGUAUAGCCAACAAGUGUAUGACAUCGGGUAGCAAUGUGUGUAUAAUAAUAAAUUAUGAUAAAGCAUAAUAAUAAUAUAUUAAUUAAUUAGUAAAAAUAAUGAUAGCAUGAUAAUUAUAUUAUAAUAAUGAUGAUAAUCGUGGGGAUGACAAUGACAGAUGAUAAUUACGACAUUCGCCCGAGCGAAUAAGAAUAUAUAAAAUUAUAUAUGCAUAUAUAUAAGAUUGUAUAUAAUUACAUAUAAAUUAUAUAUAAUUAUACAUAAUCCUUCCUAUAUAUGAAUUUUGUUCCUGUGAUCUCAAUCAUGAAUAUUUUUCCUUUAGUGUGUAGUCAUGAAAAAUAAAAAACCUAAUAUUGAAAAUAUAUGAAUAUGUUCACUAUUCACAAGUGAACAGGUUAAAAAAAAAGAUUUAUGAUCGAAUGCUGCAAAGUUACUUAUUUUUCAUGAUUUCAUAUUAAAGAAAUAACUAUAUGAUUUAUAAAAUGGAAUGACAAAAUAUAUCACAGAAUAUCGAAUCAGAUUUAAAUGACUUACGCAUAAACACAGAUUUUUAAAUUUAGUUAUCAGAUUUAGAUGAUUUACACACACACGCACACACACACACACACACAUAUAUAUAGAUCUGCCAUUACAAUAUCUAAUAAAUUUAGUAAUAUUGAUCGGUGUAGAACAUUCUGUAUAUGACCACACAGAGACAAAAUUCAUAUAUGAUUGUAAAUUGUAAUUAUUCUCUGGCGGCAAU